GUGUGUGCGCGCGCGCACACGCGCGUGUGCCUCCGCGCGCUUUGGGGUGUUGGUUGAGCAAUGAAGGCAAUUCCCUACAUGCGAACUAAUUUAAUUUUAUUGAAGUUCAUGUGUUCUGAUUGUUGCUAAAUAGUUUGUGUAAGAAAUCAGUUGCAAUCACGUGAUUUUUUUUGACGUAGAUGAAGAUGUCAGUUUUUGUAAGAACUUACGGUAAACACUGUAAUAUAGGGAACAAGCGGAGUACACUAUCAGUUAGAGAGCUAAACCACCCAGCUGCAUCGCAUCUCUGUCAUUUGCUUGGGUUUUAACAGUCUACUAGAAUGGAUCUUCAUUAAAUGCGCAGUAUUACAGUCGCACGAAGACCAGGCUUUUGAGGAUAUCAACUUAAUAUUCAUGGGGAUUUAUUCUGAGCAACUUUUACCUUUUCUGGACUCUCGAAUUCGAUACAUUAGUGUCCAGCGCUAUACUUCACAUGGUAUACUCGUACUAGCUUGACUUCUUGUCUGACUGGAGUAGCUGUCCGGUCCAGUGCAAAAGAUUAUCAUUCAGAAAGGAUUGACGCCGAGACAUUUAAGGACCAUUCUGAUCAAACAGCGCUGUCUCAGGUGCUUACUGUGCUCUGGGAACCAUGGCGCUGUCCACAACUCCUGGUGCUGAACUUUACUACGACUCCUUAUACAACAUCAGCUUUGUAGAAAGCCCGGCCAGUUUUUUAGGGAACAGAAGCCUGAAUGAAACCGAAGAGCAAAAAGUGACCAACACAACUAAUAUUAUAAUCGCCAUUUCCAUAACAGCACUCUAUUCUGUGGUGUGCGUGGUGGGUCUACUGGGCAACAUCUUGGUGAUGUACGGAAUCGUAAGGUACACCAAGAUGAAGACUGCUACAAACAUCUACAUUUUUAACUUAGCUCUAGCUGAUGCCCUUGCAACAAGCACCCUACCUUUUCAGAGUGCCAAGUACUUGAUGGGUACAUGGCCAUUUGGUGAACUUCUGUGCAAGACAGUCCUCUCCAUUGACUACUACAACAUGUUCACAAGCAUCUUCACACUAACGAUGAUGAGUGUUGACCGCUAUAUUGCUGUCUGUCACCCUGUCAAGGCACUGGACUUCCGCACACCAGUAAAGGCAAAGGUCAUCAAUGUCUGCAUCUGGAUAUUGUCAUCCAUCAUUGGAGUUCCGAUUAUGGUUAUGGCAGUGAUAAAGGCUGAUGGCAAAGGAAAUAUUGUAUGCACUCUGCAAUUUCCAAAUCCAGACUGGUACUGGGAUACUGUGACAAAGAUCUGCGUCUUCAUCUUUGCAUUUGUUGUGCCUGUUUUGGUGAUUACCAUCUGCUAUGGCCUCAUGAUACUACGCUUAAAAAGUGUGAGACUGCUGUCAGGGUCCAAAGAGAAAGAUCGGAACCUAAGACGUAUUACACGCAUGGUAUUAGUUGUUGUGGCUGCAUUCAUAAUCUGCUGGACUCCAAUUCACAUCUUUGUUAUUGUCAAGACACUGGUAGAGAUUGACAAAAAGAACCCCCUAGUGAUUGCAAGCUGGCAUAUCUGCAUUGCUCUUGGCUAUACCAAUAGUAGUCUAAACCCUGUGCUCUACACUUUCCUUGAUGAAAACUUCAAGAGAUGCUUCCGGGAAUUUUGUCUGCCUUUCCGUUCCAGAAUGGAGCAGAACAGUUUCACUCGGGCCAGGAAUGCCACCAGAGAGCGUGUGUCCACCUGCACUCCAUCAGAAGUAAACAAGCCAGUAUGACUAGGCAUGGAUGGCUGCCCUCGCGGGUCCCAGACCCGAAGGGUGCAGCAGGACCUACAGUCAGAAAUCACGCAGAUCACCACCACAGAAUUUUAGCAGACUGCACCAGUAGGUGACUUCUUGGACAUGUAUUUUUUAGAAUAAUUCUUGUAAAACAGCUGAAAGAAUCUGAGAAUCACUUCCUUUGUGCUGCAGAAAUUAAAGGAAACUAAUAUCCUGAGCUAAAAACUGUCAAUACAGGAUGUGUUGCUUCCUUAAGGCUUUAAAAAUAAUAAAAUCAUGAUUUUACUGCAAAACUAUAAAACCUAUAAACAAAGAGAAGAUAAACUGUGGCUGUCAGACAGAAUCUUAACAAAAUACAAUGAUGUGGACUGAAGCAAGAUUAAAUAUAUAGCAAACAGUAAUUUGAGCUAUAUCUGCAAAAUGAAACAAAACCUCUACAUUUGCUGCAGGAAUUUGUGUUGGCUCAAUAUUUUAAGCACAUUAACAUACUUACGAAACAAGCAAACAAAGCAUGGCAACUGAUUGGGUCAAGUCUCCUGUUUCUUCUGAAAAUGGAGCAGUGAUUUUGUCAGAAGUGCAGAACAUUCAAAACAGUUGUCAAAAUGGAUUCAUAUUAUAGCUGAUCUUCUUGGUACCAAAAUACAUUUUCAAGCACAAGCAAAUUAAAGACAAUAUUCCAUUUCAAAAUGUUCUACCCCUGGAAAGGACGAUCAUUGUGUUUUUGGAUUGCUGAAUGUUUAUGGUAAAACUUUACAAAACUGUAAUUGUCUGACAGGUGGAAGCACCACUUCUUAUUCUGCCUGCUCUAGGCAAAUUCUUUCUCAUUCACUAUGAAUUUCCUGUAGACACAAGCCAUUUAUUUCCCUUCUCUUGGCUUUCAUUUCCGUGAACGUUGCCAUACAGUAGCAACUCCAGUAACACAAGAACUAAUGUACAACACUGACGUAAAAAGGGGUCUGGACCCUCAGACAAAUAUAAGACUUGCCUGACUCAGGAUAUAGCUUGGAUUCAUAUUUUCUGUAAGAGGUGAUUUCAACUUGAAGCACUGUCUGACUGAAGAUUUUUCAGUCUAUCUAUAACAAGUAGGCUUAAGAAACUGCAAUAUCAUGGCAUCCUGAAAAUCUUCAUAGCCAAAGUUUAAGAGAAUGUUCUUAAUUACAUAAAUAUGGGGGAGUAAUCUGGAUAGUACAUUGAUUACAGGCAUAUAUUCUAGAUAACUGAUCAGUUGAACUUUUGCUGUUUUCAUGUAGUAAAUGAGUCUGGGAAAAAUGUAAGCUGUAUAUUUGCACACAUCAUCAUUUUAGGUCAUGAAAUGCUGUGAUACUCUGAAUUUCAUUAUAUACUACUCAAUCUCCUAGUACUCCUUUUACUCCUACCCAGAUGUUUUAUUUUUGGGAGGAAGGCAAAAUAAUGCAAGUCAUGAUUAUGAAGUGCAACCAUUAUUAGUAAGAUGAUAAUAAUAAUAAUAAUAAUAAUAAUAAUAAUAAUAAUAAUAAUAAUAAUAAUAAUCAGACAAAAUACACAUUUUUCUCCCAAAAUGAAGUAAUCAUCUACAUUGCUUUGUUGUUUUCCUGUGGAAGUAUAACUGCACAAUUUACUUUUGCAACUGCUUAUGCCUUAUUAGUAAGAAGCAAUUUAUAUUAUAAAAGCUGCCUGAAAUCCUUGAUGGAAAUGUGUUACAAUGCAUAUUAAAAAAUAGGAUUAAUUGAGGAAAUAUGGAUGGGGCAAACCAAAAUAAAUUAUAUUUGGCGGCAGACAUUGUUAUCAUCAGGAAAAUCUGUCCCUCAUUUUUUCUCUCUCUCUCUUUUCAUGUAAAGAGUUACAUCAGUGCCUUGACGUAUGACUUGUAGGAGACACUACAAAGAAUUGCUUAGAUUUCACAUUAAGCUGAACUUGCUGGAAAUGAAAAUUUUAUUUUCUGAGCAUCUCCAAACCAUAACUGUUUUCACUAGUUUGGAAUUAAUUAACUGUAACGGGCUGGCUUUAAAUUGUAUCCUCUGAUUCGUUGGUCACUGUGAUAGUUCUAAAUAUAAACCUUGCUUUAGAGUGCUAGGACAGAAAACAAAAAGUGUCGUACAUGAAGGGUUUUGCAUGUUAUAUAGUUUAAAGGUACUGACUUAAUUACAUGACCAGUGCUAGGACAAGAACUGUUAUAACUAUGGGAGUGUAGGCUGAAAUUUAAACCUAAGCAAUGUUUAUAAUAUAGUGUGUUAUAUACUCUGCAGAGUUUACUUACAUAGGUUGCUGGCACUAAUGUAUUACAAAUAAUUGAUGCACCGAGACUUUAUUUUAAAUGUCUAAAUAGUGAAAAUCUACACAUCUUUUGGAUUUUUAUUACAUAUGAAGUGAAGCAUUACAUAUUUUCACAGCUAGUGAAGGUAAAGGAGUUUAAUUUGCUGAAUCGCUGCAUUGCUAUGUGUUGCACUCUGCAAAAUGUGAUAUAAUUAAAAGUGUCAUCACUACAAGUUGAGGAA